GCGACGAUGGCAUCCAAGAAAGCCAUCGAGCACUUUGCAGACCACACAAAGUAUCAUCUCGCACCCCACGGUUUCUGGAAACGUUUCCGCGACGCAGUAGUGAUCAACCCGAACGUCUCUUCCGGUCUCCCAGUAGCCAGUGUGAACAGGUACCCACAGCCCGGCAGCAGACCAGAGAAAUACGCCACUCCAGCUUCGCAGGCCUCUGAUCCUGCUCAGAACCCCUAUCAUAAACGCGAUUUCCGCCGCGCCUACCCACAGGUAUCGACCGUCUCCCAACCGCUACUCACUUCCCUCCUCCUCCAAUCCCCCACACUCGCUGCGCUCCAUGCGCCCGAAGCGGCCGCCAGCUCUCUCUCGGCCGAUCCGACGCUCUCCCAGCUUCCUGUCCCUCUGCCCGACAAGCUGCCCGACUUGACCGAGGCGCUCCAAGAGCUUAGCGAGAAGACGAAGCUGUUCGAUGGUAAGAACCUCCCGCCUGUACCCCCCAGAGUUAGGAAAUGGACGGGUAUGGUACCCGGGGAAGAGGUGCCGAGGGAUAAACAUGCAUAUUUCCCAAUGGAGCUGUUCAAAUAGAGCAAGCUGAAUAAAAC